AUGUUUUCCAAACAACAGCGAUACGAAGGAAUCAAGAGGAAUUAUAGCCAAGCAGAUGUAGAGAGGUUGAGAGGCUCGCUAAAAAUCGAGCACACGCUAGCGAGGCGAGGCUCGAUAAAACUUUGGAACUACUUGACUCGUGGUGGAAACUCUUACAUCAACGCUUUGGGAGCGCUUACCGGUAAGACUGAUUGCGAUAAAUGAGUUCUGAUGGAGUAUCCAGUAGUAAUCUUAUUUUGACACAGGGUCCGAGCUUUCCACGUGAAAGACACUCUUUUCCCUAAUAUGGUGAAAGCUACUACAAGGCGCGCGAUUCGGUUGGGUUUUGCCGCGAAUCUCAAUAGCGUGCGUGAAAUUGGCAAUUUAAAUGCCUUUGUUAAUUUCUCACAUAUUUUUCGAAUUCAGCGGAUAAAAUUUGAGAAGAAACGUAUUUUAAGUCUUUAACGGCCACGUCAACCAAGCAAAAAUCGAAUGACGUGGAAAACUUCACGAUCAUGGAUUGAACUUUGGACCCAGAGAGCGAAAAGGCAAUUGUGACACCGAAAAUUUCAAUUUUUCCACUUGAUUUCUUCAACGCAAUAUCUCUUAUUUAAAAACUGAAACCUCCAUCCAAAGUUCACCUUUGCUCAAAAUUUUUAAUUUAAUUUUGUUAUGACACAGCAAAAACGCGCCAUAUGACAUAAGUGUGACUUGACUUGUUUCUUGCUUGUACUUAAUUUUCACUAAAUAUAUUUUGUUCUGAAAUGUGGUCGUCUAGAUAGAUUUUUUUGGCGUAAUGUAUAAUCUUGGGACUUGUUUGAAACAGGAGAUAGAAAAAUUCAUAAAUAAAAGCAAAAAAAUAAAUAAAUAAAUAAAUGGGAAGAUGAUCCAUUUGUUUUAUUGACAUUUUUUCCCUGCUUAACUUAUGAUAAAACAAAACUGUGAUUUCAGGCGGCCAGGCAGUGCAGAUGGCUAAAGCAGGUUUAAAAGCUAUCUACCUUAGUGGCUGGCAAGUUGCUGGUGAUAACAAUUUAGCUGCACAGACCUAUCCAGACCAGAGCUUGUACCCUGCUAACUCAGCACCAAAACUGGUGGAGCGCAUCAACAAUGCAUUCAUUAGGGCUGACCAGAUUGCGCAUAUGGAAGGAUCAGAGAGGCACAUUGAUUACUUUCUGCCUAUUGUUGCUGAUUGCGAAGCUGGAUUUGGGGGACCACUGAAUGCAUUUGAAUUAACAAAGUCUAUGGUAAUGAGGAUUUCUUCAGUACUUAAAUAUUCAUCUCACCACAGGGGGGGUACUCGGGAUUUCAAGUGACGGGGAUGAUCAAAGGAUUUUUUUGGGUUUGAAAUUUUCGAUUCUGGGAUUUUUUUGGGUACGAAAAUUUGGCAAGUAUUUUUUUGGGUAGCGUAAUUUGAGUAGGGAUUUUUUGGGGGUAUUAAAAAGAAUCGGUAGUGCCCUGGCUGCGUAGUUCUGCGAGUAAAGUACAAACAAACAUGUUUUGCUGUCGUUUAAUAGUUAACUAUGGUGUCGCUUUAUAUGGCACAUGUUAUACAAUAGUCUGCAUGUUUGGUCCAGAGAUUUUUUUGGGUUUUGCUGGAAGCCCUAGGGAUUUUUUUGGGUCUUGACUUUUGGCUCCAUUCGAUCAUCCCCGUCACUUGAAAUCCCGAGUACCCACCCCCCCCCUCCCCCCGGGCAUCUCAUCCUGAAAAUAUGCACCAAAAGAUCUUGCCAAUAAUAAAUUAUGAUUGUUUGUGACAAAAUACAUGAGGCCCUGGCUUUGUUCAAACGUUGAAUAGUGCUACCCACUGGAUAAGUAACCAUCCAGCAGAUAAGUAUUGGGAAAACCAAUAGUCCACUAAAUUGAGAUUUAUCCAGUUAAUAAUGUUAGUCCACAUCUUGAACAACUGGGCUGGCAUGAUGAGGUCCUCAUGGUGAAUCUUUAGAGUCAGCAUUAUUAAUGUAGCUGGGCAGUAAAAACGUUCAUCGUUUAGUGUGAAAUGAAGAUCUUUGUUGGGUUAUCUAGUCAUUAGGGUAGAUCCUGAAUAAUGUGCACUUACUAUUAUUAAAUAAUGGAUUGCAUCUUGGAUGUUUUAAUCUAAUGUAAACCAAAGACUUGCAAAGAUAAUAAAAAGCUACAAAGUAUGAUAAAAAAAUAUCAACUGCAACUUUAGAAACUUUGUUCCUGGAAAAUGAUCUCUCACAAUGCAUCAGAGAUUCAUCAAUAAAACAUAGAAUGCAACUUUAGUGUUGUGUUGCUUUUCGAAUAGUGUAUUUACUAUUUUAUUUUUUCACUGAGAAAUCAAUAGCAUAAGUAAAAGUUUCAAUUUAUACUGUAGCAAAAAAAGGUGAAAAGUUUUCAAGUGAAGGUUACUGUUUUAGAGUGGUUAUCAUUAUUUAAUUGUGAAAGGUUUGAACCCAGGAGUCAUUUCAAAAGGUUGAGUUUGAUCUUCCGGGUGAACGUAGUCCUGGAUAGGACUGUUGUUGUUGACAGUGACUGACGUUUCGACAACCUGUGCGGUAGUCAUCUUCAGAGUCAAAGUGAGUUGUAUCACGUGAGUUGAUGGUAUUAUACUCGGGUUAUUGAUCUGAUUGGUCAAUUAUGUCGCAAUGUUAUUGGUCGUCUGUCAGUUAAGCCGUGAUGUUAUUGGCUAUGAAGACUCGUAAUCAGUGAUUGGUGCGUUUCGAUCCGUCUAUUGUCGCAGUUAAACAGUCGUCUAUUGUUAGUCAAAUUGUUAGUUCUCCAGUUGUUCUCUCGUAGUUAUUUAAUUGAUAAUAAUAUAAAGUAUCAUUUAAGGUUUGAUUUUACUUGUUAAGGGGUUCCCAAAAAUGUCUCAUGAAGUUUAUCUUGUUAACAGAUUGCAGCAGGAGCUUCAGCAGUGCACUUUGAAGACCAACUGGCAUCAGAGAAGAAGUGUGGUCACAUGGGUGGAAAGGUUCUGGUUCCCACUCAACAGUUCAUUAAGGUCUUAAAUGCUGCAAGACUUGCUGGCGAUGUUUUGGACAUUCCAAUUGUUAUUGUAGGACGCACAGAUGCCAACUCUGCUGCACUUGUGACAUCAGAUGUAGACCCUUAUGACAGACCAUUCCUGACAGGGGAGAGAACUCCUGAAGGGUUCUUCCGUGCCAAGGCAGGGCUAGACCAAGCCAUAGCUCGUGGUCUUGCCUAUGCACCUUACUGUGAUUUGCUGUGGUGUGAAACAAGCAAGCCAAACUUAGAAGAAGCUCGAAGAUUUGCGGAGGCCAUUCAUGCUCGCUACCCUGGUAAAUUAUUGGCCUACAACUGUUCUCCCUCAUUCAACUGGAAAGCUAAUCUAAGCGAUGCUGAGGUUGCUCUGUUUCAAAGAGAACUAGGCAAAAUGGGUUAUAAAUUCCAGUUUGUCACUCUAGCUGGCUUUCACUCACUAAACCAUGCCAUGUUCAAGCUUGCACGAGAUUACAGGGACAAUGGCAUGUCUGCCUACACGAAGAUCCAAGAAGAUGAGUUUGCGCAAGCCAAAAAUGGUUUCACUGCUCACAAACAUCAGAGAGAGGUGGGCACAGGCUAUUUUGACCGGGUUUCCUUGGCAAUCAGUGGUGGAACAAGCUCGACUACAGCACUGAAGGGGUCCACAGAAGAAGAGCAGUUUACACAAAAAACAUCUUAUGCAAUUUCCAAACUGUAAUAUAUUUAACUACAUGGGGCACACAAGUAUCUGUUGUUGCUAUCUUCCUUUUGACUUUUUUAGAACAUUUUUCUUUUGAUGUUCACUUAACAACCUUUGUAAUGGAGAUAGUCUCCCUGAAUAUUGCCUUUGUGUCCACAAACUUUCACUUGCUGGAUGGUGACGUUUGUUUCUCAUUGUCUAGGCAAUCAGAUUUUACUUACUAAAAUGCUGGAAUAUGUGGAAAGGACGGUUUACUUCCUUAAAAAUUUUUUUUUGGAGGGGGCUUCAAGUUACUGUGUUCUGAAUGAGGCAUUCAUUUAAUAUUUGAUGUUCCUAUUUUUCUCUGUGACGGAAAAGUACCUUUAACACAGACUUUUGUAAUAUUAUUCCAAAUAGUUUUUUUCUCUGAAAACAGCAUCAGAGUUUUACUUCUAAUUUCUGUAGAAAACCACAGCCACUGAUACAGGUCAAUAAAAACAAGGACUAAUACAGUUGUUACUUUUAUUAUUGUUUUUGAUGAUUUGUCUAACAUAGACAAGAGCGAAAAAAACGUUUUUUGGUGAUUAUUAGUUCAGCUAGCUCAGCUUUUCUAUAUUCACCUCCUUUUUUUGGAUCAUUAUAAGUUUCCUGGAAACUGCCCACCUACCACUCCCCUAAGCCAACAUUUUGCCCUAAGUGAGAAAUAAGUGUUAAUGUUCACUUAGGGGAGGGGUAGGUGGACACUUUCAGAGAAAUAUGUAAUGAUCUGUUAAGUUAUCGUUAAGCUGAAACCAUGACAAAAGAAAAUUUAUUUUAACCUGCUGUCAUAAUUUUUGAUGAUAUCUCUAACAUACGGGUAAAAACAAGUUUCUAGCUUUAGUGUUUAUAAUUAAAUUUUUAAAAUACCUAAAAUCACAACUGUACUGAAUUUGUGAAUUUAUUUAAUAUUAAGCAGAGGAAAUUUAUCACAGCACAUGAUUUCAAAGACGCAUGCAAAAAGAAACUAACUGCUGCGGAGUGGGAUGAAAGUGCUACCGGAAAACCCUGGCGUAGUGUGUGUGUUUUUGGAUUGCAAGUUGCCUGAUAACUAAUAAAAUAAUAUAAUUUACAUUAUUAACAACGAAAUCAUUGGAUAAUGCAAUAUUAGACCUCUGGCUUAACCAUCAAGGUAUAUUUAACAAUAUUCCUCGAGCCCAAAUGGGCUCUGAGUUAAUAGCCCAUGAGGCAGAAGGCCGAAUGGGGUAUUUACUCAGAGCCCAUUCGGGCUUGAGGAAUAACACUGUUUUAGUAAAAUCCAACUAGCUGGUCAAAAAUAUCGUCAUAUCAUUUUAAUCUCACUCUGCUGCUGGUCAAUGCCUUUUUGCAUGCAGUUACCCAUUAAUUUAUUGAAAUUUAUAACAGGAUCACAUAUUUUGUUGACAAAGAAAACUGAAGUGCUUGAUAUAAUAGCAAAAAAGAGAACUCCAUUAAAGUUGACCUGUCAUUAAAAUAGGAAUAGUCUUUUUUGUCGAAAAUUAUACUAGGUUGGCUAGAGUAGUAAAUAGUAUUUUUGGCACUCGCAGUUGAGUAGAUAAGGUGAUUCUGUAGCCCUAUUUUGCUAUUUCAGGAAUUGGUUAGAAAGCUUAAUAAAAAUGAUCUAUUCAAAGUUGUGGUAUUUGAAUUUGCGUACAUGUAUUCAGGCUGCCCAGACAUGACGCCACCUGCUAGCUUUCGAAAGACAAAAAGCAAAAAAACAUUAUAACCCUUACUCUAGCAAACUUAAUAUGUUUUCCAUUCUGUUUUCUGUAAAUUAAUUUCUUAUAAUGAUUUAUGCUGGGAAUAUUAUGUCUUUGGAAAGAAAUUUUUUUUUUUUCUCGAGGUGUUUAUUUAAGCAGGGGGUGUCAACACGGUAAACCGCAACUAAAUUAUAUAGUUUCACAUAUGAGUAACACAAACAACCAAAUUCUAAAAAGUUAUCAAGACUUAUUUGCUAACAAAAAAUCACCGUUUUUCCCAAAAAGUUUUGAAAUGUUUGGCUUCUAUCAUCUGUAUAUGAUGUGCCAAAAAAAGUAGCAUCCAUUUAUACAAUAGUUACGACAGCAAAAAGACAUUGUUUUGCACUGGACAGUUUAAACCGCCUACACCCUUUAAGUACAGUGG